AUGACUCAACUUUAUGGAGGCGCUAUAACCGCCGAUUUGCCUCAGGGAGCCAUUGAUGUCUCUGAAUUCCGUCAGAUCCCAGACACUCAGGAGGUUUUCCUAUUGGAGAAACCAAAUGGUUUAGAUCAAUCCAUCAUAUUUGACUUGCUCGAGAGAGUCAAUGCCAGCAGUUUGCCUGAGGUGAUCGCAGUUCAUUUGGACGAUAUUCUCGAGGGCCCAGCUACGAAUAUCGCUCCAUUGGAGUCAAUGGAGCAUCCUGUUUUGCGCUGUGAAAUGCACACUUUUCUUGUGAAGCCACUACCUUCCAAGCAAGAGACCGAACAUGUCAAAUUGUUUAUGUUUUUGUUUUUGAUCAGACUUGAAAAAGUUGCCACUGACUUCUUAGUGACCAUGAAUGUACCAUUGGAGACCAAUGGAGAGGUCACUCAAGAGUUAUUUCAGAAAGAGGUAUCGUCUGUGAUGAAUCAAGACCAAUCGAUAAUCAGCGAAUGCUACAAACAAGUCAAGGAGUCGGCAAUUUCACUUGAUGUGAAAGAUUGGAAAUUAUUUGGAUAA